AUGUCAUCAAUACUCAGUGGAUUGCGAUUUCGACAGGAGCCAUCAACACAUCAGCAUUCAUGGAAGAUAAGCCAAACCAUUCUAGCUCCAGCAGGCUCCAGGGAAGAGGAAGUACAGAUUCCGGACCCAGAGAUCUUUAGAGGAAUUUCUAUCCCUCCCAGUCACACAUUCAGCCCUCUCGAUGUCUCGGACAUCGGGAAAGUCGACCUUCUAUAUCCAUCGACGAAUCACCUAGCAAUGCAUCUAUGCCUCAUUGAAUGUUUCUAUAAGCUAAAGAACGACGUUAUGCAUUCCAAGGAGUUGGACGCUGUCAUCGGGCCAACUGCGAGCCAUUUUGUCCCAAGAGACAAUACUCAAGGCUCCCAAACACCCCCUACGGCUGCAGAUGCGGAGAUGGUUCGUGCAAGCCAGAGAAGGAAAUGGGAGCUGUUUGUAAAAGCAGCCGUGGGCCGUUUUGAUGUUUGGUGGCAAAAUAUUGACAAGGUAAUACGACAUGCAAAAGCAUACACUACCCCUGCUGUAGCGCAGCAGGACACUACUACUCUCUCAAAAAACUACCUCCCUCCAUUAGAUGUGCUGCUAGUGUGGUACAGCUACAUUCUCCACCCUUCCUACUCUCCUGACUGUGCGGAAUUUGGUAAACAAAACGCAUUCAUGCUUUGCUUUCCUUGGCACGCCCUCUACGAAGUCAUUGAUCGAAAUACGCUUGUUUACAACUUGCCGACUGCAGCAGCGAAUAUGUUUACGACCAUGUCAUCACAGUCUGUGGACCUUAUUUCUUGCCUUGCGUCCCCACCUCCAUACACCGCGUUGGUGGGCGCCCAGUACUCAGUUGACCUUGAACACGCAGUCAUCAUGCAAGACAGCUUUGUUCAUGACACACAUCAGCUUCUCUGGCUCCGCUCGCCAGCAUGCUCCGGAUCAUUGACCCGCUGUAUGGAGAGAUACAAACGGUUUCUCCUUCUCGUACAGCUACAUCCAGACAGACGUACGAGUUUGACGCCAACUUGGGAUAUUGAACUCGCCUUGAGAACCCAUCAACUUUAUGCAGACAAUUUCCAAACGUUCGCCAGUCGGCCUUUCAGAGGAGACUUAAGCUACACAAAAGUUCCAACGCGCUUGGAGACCGAAAAGCCUAUGGCAAAUAAUAUAACGGAGACCACCACUGCUGAUAUAUGGAUGAAGCAGUUUGCAGAGCCGUAUACCUGUUGUCUCUGUUGGGCUUGCGAGUGUAUCAAGGAUGCCAAUGGCAGAAAUGGAAUGGAGACAUCUACGGAAAGCCUCUCCCGGGAGCGGAUAAAAGAAAUCCAAAAGACGCUCCACUUCUACGCUUCCGUGGAGCGCGCACGAGAGUCUGGACAGCGGCUCCCGGCUUCUUGUCAGGUCAAGAAGAAGGACGAAAAGUGGGAACUAGACUGGGGUCACGGUUGGCGGGAAGUGGCUGUCAAAGGCAAAUUUGAUGAGCAUGGGAAUAUUGUUAAGAAGGUUGUAAGAGAGAAGCCGUACACCUCGCGGAUUAACUGGAUGAUAGGAGCUAUAUGA